CAAAAACAAAUCAUGGGAAAACUUACCCUGAUCGCUAUCCUGCUGGCUUGCGUAGCCGUGUCAUUACAGUCGCCGACCAAACAAGUCGACCAAAUGGUUGAUUAUAUCAAUAAUUUGGGAACAACGUGGAGGGCUGAAAAACAGUUUGACGACUCGUAUUCAUUGGAUUACAUCAAAGGCCUGAUGGGAGUGCCGGCACUGACCGGACGGGCAUUCGGCUCAACACCCGCUUACGAUCCGGAGCUGGAGAUACCAAAUACAUUUGACGCACGCACUCAGUGGCCAACCUGUGCCUCAAUCAAAGAGGUCAGAGACCAGGGCUCGUGCGGCUCGUGCUGGGCGUUCGCCACCGUCGAGGCCAUCAGUGACCGCAUAUGCAUCGCAUCGCAGGGCAAACAACAGGUAGAGGUGUCGGCCGAGAAUCUGGUGGCCUGUUGUAACGCCUGCGGUAACGGGUGUAGAGGCGGUUGGCCCGAACAGGCCUGGAGUUACUACGAGCGCACGGGUCUGGUGUCGGGCGGUCUGUACGACUCGCACGUCGGUUGUCAGCCAUACUCUAUCAACGCGUGCGAACACCACGUGUCCGGACAUCUGCCGCCCUGUGAUAAGGAGCUCCGGCCGACACCCAAAUGCCAGCACACGUGCGAAGCCGGCUAUAACGGCACCUACGCUAAGGACUUGCAUUUUGGUAAAUCUUCGUACGGAUUCAGUAAUGAGAAUCAGGCGCUACAACAGGAUAUCAUGAAGAAUGGACCCGUGGUCUCAACUUUCCAGGUAUUUGAAGAUUUCCUGACCUACAAGUCCGGUGUCUACCAUCACGUGAGCGGCGCGUCGGCCGGAUUUCACGCCGUGAAGAUCAUAGGAUGGGGUGUGGAGUCGGGUGUGGACUACUGGCUGGUGGCCAACUCAUGGAACCCCGAUUGGGGUAAUAAGGGUUUCUUCAAAAUACGUCGGGGUAAAGAUGAUUGCGGUUUCGAGGGCUCCAUUUCAGCCGGUUUGCCAAAACUAUAAAUUAACCUGGCUUCGUUUAGUAUAUUUUAUAUCACAUUUAACUGUUAUGCUUAACUAUUGUAAUAACUAUUGUGUUAAUUAAUUGUUUUAUAAUAAAUAUAAAUCAAUUUUGCAAACAACAAAUA